AGUAAAUGACAUUGUUACCCCUGGGUUUUAGGAGAAAGGGCUAAACUGGUUUUGGGAUUCAUACGCAAGGGUUAUUCGAACAGUCUGCAAUUGCCGCUGCCAUCGAUUCGUCAACUCAAAACUCAAGGUUGUUGAUUGAGCUUUCAGAAGGAUCAGUAGAUGGUUACUUUCUAGUCCAGUUCCCUGUGCAGUAGAAUUUUGGAAAUGAGUUUGAUUUCACGACUGAGGCAUCAUUUGCCUUGUGCACUCUUGAGACAAUCUGUUCAAUCCAAUGUGGCUAACUCCCAUUUUGUUACCUCAACUGUCUUUACUCGACACUUUGGUCAGCCUGCUAGGAAAGAGGAAGAAGAGGAGGAAGAGGUAGAGAUUGACCAGAGAAAGCUUCCAGCUGAUUAUGAUCCUGCAAAUUUUGAUCCUACGGAGCAUCGCAGUCCUCCAUCAGAUAGGGUAUGGAGGCUUGUGGAUGAAGUUUCGGGACUUACCUUGGUUGAAGUUUCAGAACUGUCUUCCAUUCUUAUGAAGAAAUUGGGUAUGACCGAGCAACCAAUUGUUGGGGUUAUGAAGGCAGGGGCUGCUGGAUUGGCAGCAGCAGCUAUGAAGGGACCAGAAGCAGCUAAGGAGGAAAAGAAACCAGAGAAAACUGUUUUUGAACUUAAACUGGAGUCAUAUGAGCCUGCUCAAAAGAUAAAGAUAAUCAAAGAAGUCCGAAGUUUUACUGAUUUGGGACUCAAGGAAGCAAAGGACUUAGUCGAGAAAACUCCAGCUGUUUUCAAGAAGGGAGUGUCAAAGGAAGAAGCAGAACAAAUAAUUGAGAAAAUGAAAGCUGUUGGAGCAAAAGUUGUUAUGGAAUGACCAUGAACAAAAUAUCUUCUCUGAUAUCAGGUUCAUCCAAAAGUAUUUUGAAACUAGAUUAUGCUUCAUUCAGCUAUGCAAUUUUGUAGUCUGCUUUUCAUUCCUUUUCCAAAACCACUCGGUGUGGCUCACGAAUAAGUUUGUCCAUCGUGUUUAAUUGACAUGCUUAGCUGAAGAUGAACACGACUUAGUUGUAGUCUACUCUUCUUUGAUUCUACCGUGGGAUUAAUGAUUCUUUUCUUAUGGGUAGUUGAUUUGGAAGGUAUUGUGUUUGGUUGCAUCUAAUAUACACGAGAGACAUGGACUUUUCUCUCUUGUUUCAAUAUGUUGUUUGCAGAAUCCUUAUGCUCG